AUGGAUAGCUUAAAUAUAAUAGUUUGGAAUAUUAGAGGUGCUUCUAAUAAGUUAGCCCGGGUGAAUUGUAAAGAGCUGGUUAGAAAAUUUAAACCUGUAAUUUUUAUUGUGGUUGAAACUCAUUGUCCUUUUCAACACUUGAAACUGUUCUGGGAAAGACUUGGUUAUCACCCUAUUGGUAUAGUGGAGGCGUCAGGACAUAAGGGGGGUAUCUGGUUCCUUUCUGCAAUGCAGGGUGUUCACUGCAAAUGGGUUGAUGCUUUCAAUCAGUGUGUUACAGUUGAGGUUCAAGUAAAUAAUGUGAUUUGGAGGUGCAGUGGUAUCUAUGGUAGUCCUCAAUUUAAUACCAGAGUUCUGCUUUGGGAUUAUCUUGUUACUCAGUCUUCGUCUUUCUGCGGGCCAUGGAUUGUUCUUGGUGAUUUUAAUGAAGUACUAUUCUCUCAUGAAUCUAAGGGUUGCCUCUUCUCGAGUCGUCAUGCAGAUCGGCUUGCUACAUCUCUAGGGGAUAGUAAUCUGUUUGACUUGAAGACUAUUGGAAGACGGUUUUCUUGGUACAGAAGGGUUAAAAAUGGUGUUGAGGUGGCGAAAAAACUUGACCGGGUUUGUCGUCCCCAACCGAAAAAGAAUAGACCUUUUCGGUUUAUUGCGGCUUGGGCAACUCAUCCGGAGUACAGAAAUAUUGUGAACCAGUCAUGGCAGGCUAGCUACAGAGAGAUGCAUGGCAAGCUUUCAGAAGUGCAGAAGAACUCUUUGGAGUUUAAUUCUAAAGUGUUCGGCAACAUUUUCGUUAGGAAAUGCAAAUUGGAGAGACAGAUUAAUUUCCUUCAGAAGCGACUUGAAGUAAUGGAGGAUUUGUCUAUGCGGCAAAAAGAAAAACAACUGAUUGAGGAAUUUAAUAACACGCUUGUGCAGGAGGAACUCUAUGGUUUCAAAAAUCUAGAGAGCAACCUGGAUGUCCUUAGAAGGGAAGCUGAAUCCUUUUAUAAACACCUUUUCUGCCAGUCGGAGGAUGUAGACUUAGGUUGUCUUGGUGAUGUGCCGCUACCUUCCCUGAAUGAUGAAGCCUGUUGUAGCCUCACAGCGCCAGUUACUCUGGAAGAAGUUAAGUCGGCCGUUUUCAGUAUGCAUUCUUUUAAGGCGCCGGGCCCUGAUGGGUUUCAAGCUUUAUUCUUUAAAGAAUACUGGAAGAUUGUUGGUUUUGAUGUUUGGACUAUGGUUCGUCAUGCGUUCUCUGGUUUGGAUAUGGAUCCAAGGAUGAUGGAAACUCUUGUGGUUCUUAUUCCGAAGGUAGAAAACCCGAUUUCCAUGAAGGAUUUCCGACCAAUUAGUCUCUGUAAUGUGGUUUACAAAGUUAUAACGAAGGUCCUGGUCAAUAGACUUCGUCCCCAUCUCAAAGAGAUUAUUGGGCCCCUUCAAGGAGGGUUUAUCCCGGGGAGAGGAACCCCAGACAACAUCAUUGUAGCACAAGAGGUUCUCCAUUUCAUGAAGAAGACAAAGUCAAAGAAAGGCACCUUGGCCUUUAAGAUUGAUCUAGAGAAAGCGUACGAUAGAGUGGAUUGGGGAUUCCUGAAACAAACCCUGGUGAGUUUUGGCUUUCCUCCUCCGACAGUCAAUCUGAUUAUGCGUUGUGUCACUGCUUCCUCACUGUCUAUCCUCUGGAAUGGGGAUAGAUUAAAUAGUUUCACUCCGAGCAGGGGUCUUAGGCAAGGAGAUCCUAUAUCACCGUAUCUGUUUGUGUUGUGUAUGGAGAGAUUGUCUUGUUCUAUUAAUCAGCAAGUUGAUAAGGGCUUGCGGAAGCCGGUUGCGAUUUCUAGAGGGGGUCCAAGAAUUUCUCAUUUGAUGUUUGCCGAUGAUUUGCUUCUUUUCUGUAAAGCUGAAAAACAGCAAGUUCAAACUGUAAUGGUAGCUUUGGAAAAUUUCUGCAAAGCCUCUGGGAUGAAGGUUAAUGUGGAGAAAUCUAAAGCGCUAUGCUCUAGAAAUGUUUCAGCAACAAGAAAAGAGAUUUUCACUGGAGUCUCCUCCAUCAGAUUUGUCCAGAACUUGGGCAAGUAUUUAGGGGUGAACCUUAAUCACUCUCGGGUGACACGCGCAACUUUCAAUGAUGUUCUGGACAAGAUUCGGGGAAGGCUAGCCAGCUGGAAAGGGAGAUUGCUUAAUAAGGCAGGUAGACUCUAUUUGCUCAACUCGGUAGUGACUGUGAUUCCUACUUAUCGUAUGCAAGUAUCUCUCUUCCCUAAAGGGGUAACUAAUAAGAUAGAAUCCAUGAUGCGAAACUUUCUAUGGAAGGGUCAAGCUGAUGGUAGAGGCCUGAAUCUAGUUAACUGGAAAGUGUUGGUCACCCCUAAGAAGUUUGGAGGUCUGAGAAUUAGAGAUCCUUUUUGUGCCAAUAUUGCUCUUCUUGGAAAACUAGUUUGGCAACUUUUUCACCAUCCCGAUAAGCUAUGGGUUCAACUGUUGACGGAGAAAUACCAUUCUUCUAAGGAUGAUUGUCUUAGUCGGUCUCGAGAAAGGGGAUCUUAUGUUUGGAAGAGUAUAUGUCGAGCUUGGGAUAUCUUGAAGGAAGGUUUUAUUUGGUGCAUUGGGAAUUUGGAACAGAACUUUUGGUUUUCUAAAUGGAGAAGAGAGGGGCGACUGUGUCAGGAGAUGGAUUAUGUUCAUAUUUCUGAUUCGGAUCUCAGGAUCUUGGACCUUUGGUCAUCUGGACAGUUGAACCUUGAGAAUAUCUAUUCUCCUCUGAAUCAGUCUCUGCAGAGCAACAUUAACUCUUAUAACCCAGAUGUUCAAGCUGGUUCAGAGGUCGGUUGGUGUUGGACUGGUGCGGUUUCAAAGGUUUAUGAUGCUCAUAGUGGUUAUUUGUGGCUCAGUAAGAAGAUGUUUAGUUGGGAGGAUAGGGGUAAUUGGCUUUGGCUUUGGCGUCAACAUGUUCCGAAAAAGCACAAAUUUUUGGCCUGGCUAUGUCUUUGGGAGGCUCUUCCUACUGCUGCAUUUCGUUUUAGGAGGGGCAUUUCGCACACGGAUAGUUGUCCACGAUGUUUCUCAGGUCAGGAAUCGGUAUUACAUUGUAUUCGGGAUUGUCCAAAAGCCCAACUUGUUUGGCAAGCUUUAGGGAUCUCCGAUCAACCAGUGGAUUUGAUGAACAAGGUGAUUGGUAUGACUUUGUCCUUGGAAAAGGAGCUCCGAAAUAUUUUUGAGUUGCAACGACUGUCUAUCCCCUCAACCAUUAGUGGCUCUUGGAUUCCCCCCUCAGUGGGUACCUUUAAGAUUAAUUGUGAUGCUAGCUAUCCUGGUAGUGGUGCUCGAGUUGGUUUUGCUUGUGUUAGCAGAGAUUCGAAGGGAAGGUGGCAACGAGGCUGUCUGGGAACAAUUGAGAGUCGUAGCAUUUUGCAAGGAGAGUUGUUUGCUAUUUGGAGAGGCUUUCUUUUAGCAUGGGACUCGGGACAAAGAGACAUUAUAUGUGAGAUAGAUUGUGUGGAGGCUUUUACUAUUGUCAAUAAUUUACAAGAUUGCUCUGGGUUUAUUGAUCCUUUGGUGUUAAAAAUUCGAGAUAUCAUGUCUUGA